UGAAGGUGAAGGUCUGUUCGUCUCUGUCAGCAUUUGCUGUCAAUGGCUUUCAAGACUUACUUUAUUUGAAUGUCUGGGCUUUUAACAAUUUCGACCAAAGAAAACAAUAAUGGAUAUUCUAUGGAUUUUAUUCAUAAUACCCACCGUAAUAACUGUUGAAGAGACACUAAUGGACUCCACCACAGCCACAGCUGAGUUGGGCUGGACAGUCUAUCCUGUGUCAGGGUCCAGUGACAACAGUUGGGAGGAGGUGAGUGGCUACGAUGAAAACAUGAACACCAUCCGCACCUACCAGGUGUGCAAUGUGUUCGACAACAACCAGAACAACUGGGUCCGCACGAAAUACAUCCGGCGCCGGGGUGCGCAGAGGAUCCACGUGGAAAUGAAGUUCUCCGUGCGGGACUGUAGCUCGAUCCCCAACGUGCCCGGCUCUUGUAAAGAGACUUUUAACCUGUACUACUAUGAGUCAGACUCCGACACAGCCAACAAGGGUUUCCCUGCCUGGAUGGAGAACCCCUGGAUCAAGGUGGACACCAUUGCGGCCGACGAGAGCUUCUCCCAGGUGGACCUGGGCGGCCGAGUGAUGAAGAUUAACACAGAGGUGCGGAGCUUUGGCCCCGUUUCCAAACAUGGAUUUUACUUGGCCUUCCAGGACUAUGGCGGCUGCAUGUCACUGAUCGCCGUGCGCGUCUUCUACAGGAAGUGUCCCCGUGUCAUCCAGAAUGGCGCCGUGUUUCAGGAGACCUUGUCAGGGGCAGAGAGCACGUCUUUAGUGGCAGCUCGGGGUGUUUGUAUCCCCAACGGGGAGGAGGUGGACGUGCCCAUCAAGCUGUACUGCAACGGGGACGGGGAGUGGAUGGUGCCCAUCGGCCGCUGCAUGUGCAAGGCCGGCCACGAGGCUGUGGAGAACGGCACGGUGUGUCGAGCUUGUCCAUCGGGUUUCUUCAAGCCCAUACAGGGCGACGCAAGUUGCAUGCAGUGUCCAAUCAACAGCCGUACCACCAAUGAAGGAGCCACUAACUGUGUGUGCCGCAAUGGUUACUAUCGCACAGACUCAGACCCUUUCCAGAUGCCCUGCACAACAGUGCCAUCGGCUCCUCAAAACGUUCUGUCAAUCGUGAACGAGACAUCACUGAUGCUUGAGUGGCAGCCUCCAAGGGAGUCGGGUGGUCGAGAGGACGUCGUCUUUAACAUCAUCUGUAAGAGCUGUGGAGGGGGCCGAGGCGGCUGCACGCGCUGUGGGGACAACGUGCAGUUUGUGCCCCGUCAGCUGGGUCUGACCGAGCCCCGCGUCUACAUCAGUGACCUACUGGCCCACACACAGUACACCUUUGAGGUGCAGGCUGUCAAUGGGGUCUCCGACCAGAGCCCCUACUCACCACAAUACUCCUCUGUGAACAUCACAACCAACCAGGCUGCUCCAUCAACAGUGUCCAUCAUGCACCAGGUUAGUCGUACCGUGGACAGUAUCACUCUAUCCUGGUCUCAACCGGAUCAGCCUAAUGGAGUCAUUCUGGACUAUGAACUGCAGUACUACGAGAAGGAUCAAAGCGAGUCCAACUCCACUGUCAUAAAGAGCCUGACCAACACAGCGGUCAUCCGCGGUCUCAAACCAGGAGGAAUCUAUGUGUUCCUGGUUCGUGCUCGGACUGUGGCCGGGUUUGGACGUUACAGUGGCAAGCUGUAUUUUCAGACCAUGACUGAAGAGGAGUACAACACCAGCAUCCAGGAAAAGCUGCCCCUCAUUAUUGGUUCCACGGCAGCAGGCCUGGUCUUCCUCAUUGCAGUGGUUGUCAUCAUCAUUGUCUGCAACCGGAGGCGUGGCUUUGAGAGGGCGGACUCUGAGUAUACUGACAAGCUGCAGCAUUACACCAGUGGCCACAUGACUCCAGGAAUGAAGAUAUAUAUUGAUCCAUUUACAUAUGAGGACCCCAACGAGGCUGUAAGGGAGUUUGCUAAGGAGAUUGACAUCUCCUGUGUGAAGAUUGAGCAAGUUAUUGGCGCAGGAGAGUUUGGGGAGGUGUGCAGUGGGAACUUGAGGCUCCCAGGGAAGAGGGAGAUGUUUGUUGCGAUCAAGACACUGAAAUCAGGGUACACAGAGAAGCAGAGGCGUGACUUCUUGUCUGAGGCAUCUAUCAUGGGUCAGUUUGAUCACCCCAAUGUGAUCCACCUGGAGGGUGUGGUCACCAAGAGUGCUCCAGUUAUGAUCAUCACUGAGUUCAUGGAGAAUGGAUCACUGGACUCCUUCCUCAGACAAAAUGACGGCCAGUUCACCGUGAUCCAGCUGGUGGGCAUGCUGCGCGGCAUCGCCUCAGGCAUGAAGUACCUGGCGGACAUGAACUACGUCCACCGCGACCUGGCCGCACGCAACAUCCUGGUCAACAGCAACCUGGUGUGCAAGGUGUCAGACUUUGGCCUGUCCCGUUUCUUGGAGGAUGACACUUCAGACCCCACAUACACCAGCGCCCUGGGAGGGAAGAUUCCUAUCCGAUGGACAGCUCCUGAAGCCAUCCAGUACAGGAAGUUCACAUCCGCCAGUGAUGUCUGGAGCUACGGCAUCGUCAUGUGGGAAGUCAUGUCCUAUGGAGAGAGACCUUACUGGGACAUGACCAAUCAAGAUGUAAUCAAUGCCAUAGAGCAGGACUACAGGCUGCCCCCUCCCAUGGACUGCCCCUCGGCCCUGCACCAGCUCAUGCUGGACUGCUGGCAGAAGGACCGGAACAAUCGUCCCAAGUUCAGCCAGAUCGUCAACAAUCUGGACAAGAUGAUCCGCAACCCCAACAGUCUGAAGGCCAUGACUCCUCUAUCAUCUGGUGUCCAUCUUCCUCUCCUGGACCGCAGUGUGCCAGACUUCUCCAGCUUCAGUACGGUGGAUGAGUGGCUGGACGCCAUCAAGAUGGGCCAGUACAAAGACAACUUUGCCAACGCUGACUUCACCAGCUUUGAUGUGGUAUCCCAGAUGACUAUGGAUGAUAUCCUGGGUGUGGGCGUAACGUUAGCAGGCCACCAGAAGAAGAUCCUGAACAGUGUGCAGAUGAUGCGAGCCUCUAUGAACCAGAUCCAGUCUGUGGAAGUUUGAUUAUCCAGCGUGGAGCAGAGGAUGGCUGAGAAUGCAGGGUUUUGGGUGCACGGAUGAAGUUCAUGUUUUUGCUUGACCGUGAACCUGGUCUUCCUACCAAACUACUGUCCAUUUCCUUCCAAUCCCUAUCCUGUCCUCGUCUAUCCCCUCAUCCAAAGUCCCCUAAAUAAGACAUCAAUUGACGUGGCUCAUAACCGUCAAUCUUGGAUCCAGGAUCGUGGUUACAGAUCAGUGUCACAUUUCUACUUCCAUCUUCCACAUAUGUAUUUUUUUAUGUUGAACUUUUUUGGUUUGGUUAGAUUUUGUUUUUCAGAAUUUUGUAAAGAAUUUUGUAAAGAAAAAAAUGUUGAUAACUCAAGGAGUCUAUAUAAAUACAGUACAGGUGGUGCACAGUUAAACUAUGUGUACUAACUAGAAAGGCUACCCUUUAAAAGGGCAAGAAGACAGUGUAAACUGGGAGAUUAAAGACCAACACUCUCAAAAAUCAAUUUAAAUGUUCUUUGUAUGUUUUUUUU